AUGGGCGCACAAGCCCCGCCACCGACCAAGCCCGCGCUGAGGACCAAGCCGCGCCCGAUCCCAAGCGAGCUGCGCGCCAAACGGGACGACGAAGUCAGGGAAGAGUCGUCGAUCGUCUGGCGCGCCGAAGACGCCGCGCGGCAGGCUCUACUGCGAAGCCAGCCUUUAAUAAGGCGCCUGAAGCACAAGGCCGAGACUGCGAUGAACGAAUUGAAAAGCACCUACGCCCUGCUCUUCGGCGAGCGGGAGAGGGAGACGGGCGAAGUGGAAGCCGUCCGCAAGUCCCUAGGGCGGGGCGACCACUUCCACGUCUCCGAAGUCCUGUAUCACGCGCUCGAGAAGACUUUGGAAAUGAACGAGCGCCUUGCACGCAUGCCGCCGCGCAAGCAGGCCGCGGAGGUUGCGAUUGAUAUUGAAAGCGAGGUCCGGAAAAAGAUCGAAACGGGGUCGAAAAUAGCGCCGGCGCCCGACGAAGAGGAGCAGGAAAGUGUAGCGGUGGAUGUAUAUCGGAGCGCGAUGUUAUCGAUCGUGAACGCGCGGCCGGCGCCGCCCCAAAAGCCGCGCGUGAAAGUCCUGCGCUUCUCGCCCGUCCUCCGCGUCUGCGUCUACGACAACGUCGCGACGCUCACGCACCAGGAGUGGUGCUCUUCGACAGACAUCGUCUACAACAAGCGCCUCGCGGCCGCGCUCCAGAAGAAGCUGGGCGGCCGGCGGCGGCGGCGCUGGGUCGAGGGCGACGAGGAGCGCCUUAGUCAAGAAGCGGGCUUCGCGUCCAUCGAAGCCUGGGUCGAUGGUGUGAACGGGCGCCCGCCGCCGCCGGCGUCGCCGUUUCUGUGCCUAUGGAAGAAGGCGCGCGCGCCGGCGGACGACUAG